CUAGUAUAUAUUGCUAAAGUUGUAGUAUUUCAUAAACUACUAUAUAUUGCUAAAGUUGUAGUAUUUUAUGAACUAGUAUAUAUUGCUAAAGUUGUAGUAUUUUAUGAACUAGUAUAUAUUGCUACAGUUGUAGUAUUUUAUGAACUACUAUAUAUUGCUAAAGUUGUAGUAUUUUAUGAACUAGUAUAUAUUGCUACAGUUGUAGUAUUUUAUUAA